ACGUCAUAUACGUGAUUAAAGCUAGCUAGCUAGCUAGCCUAGUACCUUGAUGAUACGUAUACCAAGAAUCACAUCACAAGCUCCAGUGCAGUGUGUUGGAGCAAGAUGUCAGAACACCUUCGUCUUAACGAAGCAGAGGAGAGAGUAAAGGAUGGUAAUUGGAAAAGAUGGGGCCCCUAUCUAUCAGAACGUCAGUGGGGAACUGUCCGCGAGGACUAUUCUACUGACGGAUCGUGCUGGGAAUAUUUUCCUCACGACCAUGCCCGAUCCCGUGCCUACAGAUGGGGCGAAGAUGGAUUGCUUGGUAUUACAGACAGAGAAUGUAGGCUUUGUUUUGCUCUGUCUCUCUGGAAUGGUAAAGAUCCCAUCUUGAAAGAAAGACUCUAUGGUCUCACAGGUCCUGAAGGUAACCAUGGUGAAGACUGCAAGGAGUGUUACUACUAUCUUGACUCUUCUCCCACCCAUAGCUACAUGAAGGCGCUCUAUAAGUACCCUCAGGGGGAAUACCCAUAUGCUGAUCUUGCAGGAGAGGCCAAGAAAAGAAGUGUCCAGGAUCCAGAGUAUGAACUAGAAGAUACAGGUGUAUUCAACGAGAGUAAGUACUGGGACGUAGUUGCCGAGUAUGCGAAGAACACACCAAACGACAUGCUGAGUCGUAUCACGGUAUACAACCGUGGUCCUGAGACUGCGACCAUCCAUGUGCUACCCACACUGUGGUAUCGUAAUACAUGGAUAUGGGGCUGUUCACACGAGGGCUGUACCAUGAAACCUAAAAUGACGCUAAUGAAGAACGGCAAGACGUUGUGCUCACACGAAACACUAGGCAAGUUUGUAUUCGUGUAUGAUGUGGGACCAGAUGGAGAGAAGCCAGAGAUACUCUUCACAGAAAACGAGACCAACAUGAAGAAACUCUACGAUGUAGAACAUUACACAACCUUUGCCAAAGAUGGCUUCAAUGCAUACGUUAUAGAUGGUGUAAAAGAAGCAGUAGAUGUGCGUUGUCGUGGAACCAAGUGUGCCCCUCACUAUGUACUAGAGGUACCUGCAGGAGAGAAAGCUGUUGUACGGAGCAGGUUCUUUGCAGAGAGUGAGGAUCCUGGGACAUACUUUGGAGAGGAGGCCUUUGAUGCUGUGUUUGAGGCCAGAAUCAAAGAGACUGAUCAGUUUUAUAAUCAGGUCAUUCCAGCCAACUGCAAUCCAGAAGAGCGUAGCAUGGCCCGUCAGUGUUAUGGAGGUCUGCUAUGGAGCAAGCAGUUCUAUCAUUACAUCGUAGAGAGCUGGUUAGGAGGAGACAAAGCCACACCUAACCCACCGGAGAGUAGAAAGAGCGGUAGAAAUGUGGAAUGGAAACAUCUAUUCAACAGAGAUAUCAUCUCCAUGCCAGACAAGUGGGAAUAUCCCUGGUAUGCAUCAUGGGACCUUGCAUUUCACAUGAUCCCGUUUGCCAAGAUAGAUCCAUUCUUUGCCAAGGAACAACUUCUGCUCUUCCUCAGAGAAUGGUAUAUGGCUCCAAAUGGUCAGAUACCAGCAUAUGAAUUCCAGUUUAGUGAUGUAAACCCACCGGUGCAUGCUUGGGCAGUUUUCAGGGUCUUCAAGAUGACGGGGGUCAGAGGUCAGAGGGAUAGACUCUUCCUAGCUAGGUGUUUCCAGAAACUCCUCAUCAACUUUACAUGGUGGGUGAAUCGUAAGGAUCCUGAUGGUAAGAAUAUAUUCUCUGGAGGUUUCCUAGGUCUUGAUAACAUUGGAGUCUUUGACAGGUCACGACCUCUACCAACAGGAGGUCAUUUGGAACAGGCCGAUGGUACAGCAUGGAUGGCUUUCUUCUGUGUUGUCAUGCUGGACAUUGCCUUAGAACUAGCCAGAACUGACCCAACAUAUGAAGACAUGGCUAGCAAGUUCUUUGAACACUUUGUAGGAAUCAUUGAUGCUAUGAAUGCCAUGUCAGGAGGUGGAGGUCUAUGGGAUGAAAAGGAUGGAUUCUACUAUGAUGUAUUGAAGACACCAACCUGUACUGUUCCUCUAAGGAUCCGCUCCAUGGUAGGCCUGAUUCCACUCUACGCCUCGCUGACAUUAGAUGAGGAAGUGAUUGAAAAACUACCUGGUUUCAAGAAGAGAUUGGACUGGUUCAUGAAGCACAGACCUGAUCUCUCAUCCCAUCUUGCCUACAUGACGCGGGAAGACACUGGCAAGGGGCGUCACCUCCUAGGCAUCCCCUCACGCAAGAACCUGAAGAAAGUACUCAAAUACAUGCUGGAUGAGGAGGAGUUCCUAUCACCAUAUGGGAUCCGAUCAUUGUCCAAGAUCCAUGCUAGUCAACCAUUCCAGUUCCAUGUUGAAGGGGAAGAGUAUCGAGUAGACUAUGUUCCAGGAGAGUCUAAUACUUAUCUAUUUGGUGGGAAUAGCAACUGGAGGGGACCCAUCUGGCUUUGUGUGAACUACCUGAUCAUUGAAUCCUUGGAGCGCUAUGACUUCUUCUACGGAGAGACCUUCAAGGUGGAGUGUCCCACAGGAUCAGGAAACAUGAUGCGUCUCAAGGAUGUUGCUAAGGAGAUAUCAUCGCGCAUUGUCAACCUUUUCUUACCGGAUGAGAGUGGGAAGAGGCCGUGCCAUGGGAGUAGCGAUCUCUAUAAGGAUGAUCCGAACUGGAAGGAUCUGGUUCUGUUCUAUGAGUAUUUCCAUGGCGAUACGGGAUGUGGUGUUGGUGCAAGCCAUCAAACCGGCUGGACAGCUGUAGUAGCAUCGUGCCUUGAGAAAGUCAAGAAGGCGUAGUAAAGAUGGCCACCUUCUUGAUUGGAUAUACGAACCCCCAUUAUACCUUUCUAUACAAGUCUUACUUCCAUAGGUAAACAUAUUUACUGUAUGCCUUUAUGCCUUUAUCAAUGCUGCAAAAACAAUGUUUUCUUUGUUUUUGAACUAAACUGGCAUAAUAAUAAUUGCGUUAUAUAUAGCUAGUACAUUUGAACUCUUUGUAGUAGUAUGGUCAACUAGUGGGACAAAUAGUGGAAUGCCACAAUUAAUUUUUUGGCACACAUAACAUACAUGUAUACAUGAACCAUGCAGUUAACAACUCAAUUAUUCAUACCCAUUGUAAAAAUUUAAUUUUUUAAAUAAUUUUUUUGUAACUCAAGAAUAAAAGGUGGACUGGUUGAAUUAGGGCUUUGGUUGAAUACAUUUAGAUGUAAGCUUUAAUAUGUCACAUUCUCAAGAAAGUUAGAUCCGGAAAAAAUUAACUUUUCACGUUACAAAACUUACAAUAUUUAGUAAGGGUAUGAAUAAUUUACUUAAGAAAAUCAUAUAUUUUUAUAGAAAGAGGUAGAUAAGCUUAUUUAGUUUUGUAGAUUCUAAAUCAUGUAUUUCUUCAUAUGUGUAGCUUAUCAGCAGCAUACUAGUUAUAAUUUAAUAAGCGCUCCAAUUCUACAUUUCACAAAACUUUGACAUUUACAUAUAUUCAGGCACACGUAAGCACUAACACAUGAACUUGCACGUGCACAUACAUAAACAAGAACAUAAAUAACAAGUUUUCACAAAAGACAUUCAUUUACAUAAUAUUCAAACUAAAUGCAUUUCAUGUUAUGCCUUUAAAAAAAAAAAUUCCUUUAUCAUGUGGCUGUUAUAUAUAUAUAUAUAUAUUGUAGUUUGGUCGCCUAAAUCGGUUGCUUCUUUGAGGGUGUCAUCACAUUCAAGCUCUGGCUGAAGAUGGCGGGUGCCCUGCAUUUUUCAAUUUUGAAAUAAUUAGUCAACUAUGCAUUUUUUUUAAAGUUGAUUUAUAACAUGAUUAUAUAUAUGUAUUCUGACUUUUGUUUGUGUUAAAUUUAAUUGUGAUAAUAUUAUAAUUCUAUCCAUUGAUAUAUAUAUAUAUACGGUAACACUUCUUGAUUUCACACUAGCAUGAUCGAGUGCUAGAUUUAUAGAGAUUUAAAGUUGAUAUAGUUCUACUUUAUCAUACAUUUUUAUGCUAGAAUGUUCUAGUAUUAUCACUAUAGAGAGAACUGGAAUAUAUAUAUUUUACAGGGUUGGAAAAGUCUCUUAUGUGAUGUGCUGUAUGUGCUCUAUGUGCUCGCUCAAAUGUUCAUCAGAAUAUGUUUUGGCUAAUAAUUCCUUUGAACCUUGACCUUAUGUAGAUGGGUUUUUCCAACUGUUAGUGUGCUCUCAAUUCCAUCUAUUUAUUUAUGGAAACAAUAUGAACAGGGUGGUAAUGUCAUAUUAUAUAUUAUUACUACAACAUUGAGAAAUAGUCAAUAGUUUUCUACUUUUGUUAUGCAUUUUUUUUAGUUGUAUGAGUGUCUAUAAUUCAAGCACUUUGUUCAGCAAUAUUUUUUUCAGCAUUAAAAAGAAACAGGUAGAUAUAGUUUUGAUGCAAUUUUUUUUCUUCUUCAAUAACGAAUGAUUAGCCACACUUAUGGAAUUGACCGAAGUUGAUAUUUGUAUUUCACUUGACGGCGUCAAGCAGACCUGAUUUGAAAUGUAUUAAUUAAAGGCUAUGUUUAUACCAUACAGGCUCUACUUUUUUUAAUUUAACUUUUCUUUAUCUUGUAAAGAAUUUUCUGUUUCUGUCUUGAUAAAUUGUUGCAAUGUCAGGAAAAACUCUUACAAUUUUAUUUCUGAGCCAUUGAGUUCAUUUAACAAUAUACAGAUAUGUAAUGAAACCAUAUAUUUAUAACACUCAUUUACAAAGCAUUAGGUUGGUAAACUAUAGUGUACAUUAUAAUUUUUGUGUGCAAACUAUUGGCAGCAUAUUCAAGCAAUUUUUCUGAAGGUUUGUAAUGUUUUUUUAUUUACACAUGUGUUGUGACAACUAACAAUAGAAUUAUGUACAGUUUACUGUAAUGGGUAGACUGGGUAGAGCCAUACCAGAGCCAUUGUAAUAAUUGUUUGUGAAUUUGGUUUUAUGAAAGUUUUUUGAUAACCGAUUACACAGUUACAUUAUGUGGUGAUAUUGGUUUAUGAAAUGUGCAUUAUCAUUUUUCUAUUAUUCCAACUGGCUUGAACUCUUCUGUGCACGAGCCGCUUGCGGUGAGUUCACUAGUGCACACCAUCUGAAGAUACCGAGCGUGCACUGCAUUUACAUUAUGCACAACAGGGUCUAGUGUGCGUUAUUUUGUUAAUAAGAUAGCGACACAUGAAAAUCAAAACAAACAAAAGUCUAGAUCUAAGGUUAGAGUCUACGAGAGUUAGACUUAGAUAUAUUUGGUUCUAGAAACUGAAAAGAUAAGGCCUUGCUACUUGCUCUACGCGUACGUACGCUGAUACUUUUCGCUGCGCUUUUUUCGCACUUCGUUCAGACUGCACAAAAAAGUUGCUUAUUAUGUGACGCGUUUUGACCAAUCACAAUGCUUAAAAUACUAGAGCUAUUUUAUGAAUACAAAAUAUUGACCAGGCUCGGCUCUACUUGCACACACAAUGCAAGGAAGUGAUAGAUGCUCAUGAAAUUAACAAUCGAUGCACGCAGUGGAUAGGAUACACACAUUUCUUUUAGAUUGGUAAAUUUUGCCACAUUUACAAAUACAUUCUGAACAGGAUAUUUUGUUAGAAUGUCCCGUUUUGAGAAUCCACGAGUUGCAUGCGGUAUAUAAAACAAAUAUUGACUGCUGAAUUUGUUAGGUCAUGGUUAAAACUAUAGAGGUAAUAAACUAAUAGAGUAUAAAAGCUAUAGAUUAUACUACGCGUCUCAACUUCAUCUCGUGGCACAGUACAGUGUUGAGAUUAACUUGGGCUAUAGUUUUAAUCGUGCCCCUCAAAGCAGUCAAUAUUUGUAUACUAUUGUAGGAGCUGGACAUACCGUGCUCUGGUCAUGAGAACCAGCUUGAGAUUAAAUCACAUUGAUAGUUAGAAAUCCUAUGGAUUAGUAUGUUCUCUCUAUAAUUACAAUAUUUCUUUUUUCCUAAUGUUAUCUGUCAAUAUACUUAAAAGGUUAGAACAUGAAGAAUGAAAAAAUAUUAAA